AUGGAUAAAAUUCUGACUUCCAAGUCUUCGCGCGCUGUUGUGAGGAAGCUGGGGAAAAGAAACAGAAGAUUAAUACAGUCUGGAGAUCCCCAUGAUCUUCUGAAUAUCAGUGCUGUUGAGGCCGCCCGAAGAAUUCGAGAAGGGAAGGUAAGAGGAUGGAUGCCCAUAAAGUAGAAAUACUUGCUUGUAUGAUGACCAUUUCUAGCUCACAUCAUCGGAACUGGUAAAGACGUUGAUCCAAAGGAUUAAAGACACCCACAAUCAUAUAAACUCUGCAUACGAUAUCUUCGAGGCCGAUGCUUUGAAAGAGGCCAAGGAGGUCGAUGAAUACUUGGCCAAUUUGGAUAAAAAUUCCGACGAAUUCACUCAGCUGAAUGUCACAAAACCAUUAUUGGGAGUUCCCUUUUCCGUUAAAGGAUCCUUUACAGUGAAAGGUAAGAGUCGAAGUAAAAAAAUUAAACGAUUGCUUUCCAGGCAAGAAACUUCAUUGUGGAUUACCUUACAAAUGGAAAGAACCGCCUCAACAAGAAGACGCAGUAGUUGUCAAAAAGUAAGCAAACUUUUAAUUGGCCGAACAUUCCUUAAGACUACGAGAUGUGGGCGCUAUUCCCUUGGCCCAUACCAACAUUCCAUCCGCCUGUAUUGCCUGGGAAUCAGAUAAUAAGAUCGUAGGGAGAUCUUCCACUCCGUAUGACUCCAGAUGCACUUGUGGAGGAUCUUCUGGAGGCGAAGGAGCAUUAAUUUCGAGUCAAGGGUCAAUCUUCGGAUUGGGUUCGGAUAUCGGGGGAUCUAUUCGAAUGCCCUCCAUGCUGAAUGGCCUCUUCGGUCUCAAGCCCCACUAUGAUACAAUUGAUGGAACUGGGCAUUUUCCACCAGAUCCAGAUCGAAAUGAACUUCCAGAUGUAUUCGAUAUGCUCGGCUUCGGCCCGAUUUGUAGAUAUGCCCGGGAUUUACCCGUUGUGUUCUCGGUAGAUUCUACGACUUUAUUUUACAUUCUACUAAUUGUAGGUAUUGUCAGGGCAAAAAAUUCCUUCCGAUCUUCACAAUCACAUCCCCAAAAAGAUGGUAUUUACCCCUGGAUUCAGCGAUUCUUUCCCUCUCUCGGAAGCCCAGAUGGAUGCCUUUAACGAGGCUUUUGAGUUCGUGAAAUAUCAAUAUAAUUUAGAUCCGACCCGAUAUUACAUGCCAUGUGUUCACAACAUACACAUGGAAUGGUAUCACUGCAGCCUCUACAAAACUUCUGGACCUCAAGUUUACAGUACUGUUCUGCUUAAUGUAAGUGUAUUUAAUGAUGAUUAUUCUUUAGGAUGAUAAAGGAGAGAAAAGGAUUGACAAAGAACUGAUGAAAGCUGUGGUUGGGAAGUCAGAUCUUCAUCUUGGGGCCGUAAUCUCGGCAUUUGUUUUAAGCCAGCCUCCCAAACGUGACAUUGAAGUACUGAGAAAAGAGAAGAAGGAGUUCGUAAAAGCCUUCUGGAGUGUGAGUUCUUUUUCCCAAUGACUGACAUGUAAAUAUUUUCAGCUAGUUGAUGAUUCCACCAUAUAUUUAUUUCCCGGCCUUCCUCUUACCCAUUACUUCCACAAAGAACCGAUCCCGGCAAUUCUGGAUUCUCUUAACUGUGGCGUUUUCAAUCUGCUGGGAGCGUCGGUCGUGUCCAUUCCAAUGGGAUUAGAUAAAGAGGGAUACCCAAAAAGUGUCCAAUUGGUGGCCACAAAGAAUAAUUAUUGGAUGUUGAUCAAUUUGGCCAUGGAAAUGGAAAAGAAAUUUGGCGGGUGGACACCGCCUAAGGUCAAUUAA